AUGCUAUUCCAAAGACAUUGUGAAUGUAACUGGUCGAUGGUCUUUCUGAGUUUCCAGGACUCCAGGCAGACCACGGCCCACUUCAGGACGUACGUGGAAAACCACACCAGACACUCGGACGACUUGAGUCGUAAACAAAUACGGAUCUACCAGCUAUACAGCCGGACCAGCGGCAAACACGUCCAGGUGCUGGGCAAGAAGAUCAACGCCAACGGGGAGGACGGUGGCAAAUACGCUCUUCUGGUGGUGGAGACCGACACCUUUGGUAGUCACGUGAGGAUCAAGGGGAAAGAGACCGGCCACUAUAUCUGCAUGAGCAAACGUGGGAAGAUUCUCGGCAAGCUGAACGGGAAGAACCGCGAGUGCGUGUUCGUGGAGGAGGUGCUGGAGAACAACUACACGGCCCUGAUGUCGGCCAAGUACAAGGGCUGGUACCUGGGUUUCACCAGGAAGGGGCGCCCCAGGAAGGGCUCCAAGACGGAGCAGAACCAGAGGGAGGUGCACUUCAUGAAGAGGCUGCCCAAGGACAAGGAAGACCACCACAAGCCUUUCAAGUUCACCACAGUGACGAAAAGAACUCGCAGGACCCGUCACCAGAGGCGAGGCAGGGGCUGAGGGACCCUCUGCCGACCAGCCACCACUGACUGUCUUGGGAUAAAUAUUUGCGUUUGUUUUUUUUUUUUAAACCAAAACCUAAAGAUGCUUUAUUUUUAUACUCGUGGAAGGGACUGUUCUCAGCUGACCUCUAUUUAAAGGGUAACUGGGCGUGUUUGUGUGUGCGUGUGUGGGUGUGUGAGCGUGUGCGUGUGUGUUUCAGUCUGCGUCCAGGUUAUUUAUAAGACGGACUAUUUUGCCACAGGGUCAAUAGACAAUAGACAAUAGACAAUGGGUGUAGAAGGAGGCCAUUCGGCCCUUCGAGCCAGCACCGCCUUUCAAUGUGAUCAUGGCCGAUCGUCCACAAUUUUGCAUUUACUCCCAACACAUCAACAGCAAUUUAGACAAUAGACAAUAGGUGCAGGAGUAGGCCAUUCGGCCCUUCGAGCCAGCACCGCCAUUCAAUGUGAUUAAACGGGUCCUUUUCACAAUGGCAGGCAGUAACUAGUGGGGUACCGCAAGGCUCAGUGCUGGGACCCCAGCUAUUUACAAUAUAUAUUAAUGAUCUGGAUGAGGGAAUUGAAGGCAACAUCUCCAAGUUUGCGGAUGACACUAAGCUGGGGGGAAGUGUUAGCUGUGAGGAGGAUGCUAGGAGACUGCAAGGUGACUUGCAUAGGCUGGGUGAGUGGGCAAAUGUUUGGCAGAUGCAGUAUAAUGUGGAUAAAUGUGAGGUUAUCCACUUUGGUGACAAAAACUGGAAAGCAGACUAUUAUCUAAAUGGUGGCAGAUUAGGAAAAGGGGAGAUGCAACGAGACCUGGGUGUCAUGGUACACCAAUCAUUGAAAGUAGGCAUGCAGGUGCAGCAGGCAGUGAAGAAAGUGAAUGGUAUGUUAGCUGUCAUAGCAAAGGGAUUUGAGUAUAGGAGCAGGGAGGUUCUACUGCAGUUGUACAGGGUCUUGGUGCGACCACACCUGGAGUAUUGCGUACAGUUUUGGUCUCCAAAUCUGAGUAAGGACAUUAUUGCCAUAGAGGGAGUGCAGAGAAGGUUCACCAGACUGAUUCCUGGGAUGUCAGGACUUUCAUAUGAAGAAAGACUGGAUAGACUCGGCUUAUACUCGCUAGAAUUUAGGAGAUUGAGGGGGGAUCUUAUAGAAACUUAUAAAAUUCUUAAGGGGUUGGACAGGCUAGAUGCAGGAAGAUUGUUCGCGAUGUUGGGGAAGUCCAGGACAAGGGGUCACAGCUUAAGGAUAAGGGGGAAAUCCUUUAAAACCGAGAUGAGAAAAACAUUUUUCACACAGAGAGUGAUGAAUCUCUGGAACUCUCUGCCACAGAAGGUAGUUGAGGCCAGUUCAUUGGCUAUAUUUAAGAGGGAGUUAGAUGUGGCCCUUGUGGCUAAAGGGAUCAGAGGGUAUGGAGAGAAGGCAGGUACGGGAUACUGAGUUGGAUGAUCAGCCAUGAUCAUAUUGAAUGGCGGUGCAGGCUCGAAGGGCCGAAUGGCCUACUCCUGCACCUAAUUUCUAUGUUUCUAUAGGUGUGGGUUUUUGUUUCGACAGGCAGAUGAUGG